CGGACCGUUUUUUUCCAGCAGAUCUUUUUGGCACUGUUCUGGGAUAGAGAGAUGACAGCCGAAGGGUAGACGUGGAGACUUUUCUAGCCUGAUUUUCUUUUGUUUUUUUACGAUUUAUAUAUUAAUAAAACUUUCACAAGAACGUUUGUUUUUCAAAACAGCAGCAUCUUUUCAUAUUGUCUGUAGGGGCUUGUGCCUCACUGGUUUGACAGCAAUGGUACUUAUUCUGGGCAGAAGACUGAACCGGGAGGACUCUGGAGUCCGUGAGUCUCCAGCAGUCAAGCGAAAGGUUCUGGAGGUGGACAACAAGACUCUUAGCAGUCACGAUGUGUUCGAUUUCUCCUCCGGCCCGUGCCACUCGGAGAGCAUCCUACAGAUGUUCAAUGAGUUCCGUGACGGGCGUGUAUUCACCGACGUGGUGAUCAGCGUGGAAGGUCGUGAGUUCCCAUGUCACCGCCCCGUGCUGUCGGCCUGCAGCAGUUACUUCCGCGCCAUGUUCUGCAACGACCACCGGGAGAGCCAUGAGAUGCUGGUAGAGAUCAACGGCAUCCGUGCCGAAGCCAUGGACACCUUCCUGCAGUACGUUUACACCGGACGUGCCCGCAUUACCACCGAGAACGUUCAGUUUCUCUUUGAGACCUCCAGCCUCUUCCAGAUCGGCACCUUGCGCGAUGCCUGCGCCAAGUUCUUGGAGGACCAGCUUGACCCUUGCAACUGCUUGGGCAUCCAGCGUUUCGCAGACGCGCACUCCCUCAAGCUGCUCGCCAGCCGUUGCCGUUCUUAUGCGCUGCAGUGCUUCGCCGACGUGGCCCAACAUGAGGAAUUCUUGGACUUGCGUAAGGAAGAAUUGGAAGAGUACAUCGCCAGUGAUGAGCUUGUGAUCGGAAAGGAGGAAAUGGUUUUUGAGGCUGUGAUACGUUGGGUGUACUUUGACGUGGACCACCGCCGAAUCAUGCUGAAGGACCUUCUCAACCACGUCCGUCUGCCCCUGCUGCAUCCAAAUUAUUUUGUGCAGACGGUGGAAGGUGACCAGCUGAUCCAAAAUGCCCCAGAGUGCUAUCAGCUUCUCCACGAAGCCAGACGCUACCACGUGUUGGGGAAUGAGAUGAUGUCACCGAGGACUCGUCCACGCAGGUCUACUGGAUUUUCAGAGGUUAUCGUUGUAGUUGGGGGAUGCGAAAGAAUGGGGGGUUUCAACCUGCCCUACACCGAAUGUUAUGAUCCUGUGACCGGUGAAUGGAAAUCUUUAGCCAAACUCCCAGAAUUCACCAAAUCGGAGUAUGCCGUGUGCGCGCUCAGGAAUGACAUUCUGGUCUCAGGGGGGAGAAUCAACAGCAGAGAUGUGUGGAUGUAUAACUCCCAGCUCAACAUGUGGAUCAGGGUGGCGUCGUUGAACAAAGGCCGCUGGAGACACAAAAUGGCCGUCCUGUUGGGAAAGGUGUAUGCUGUAGGUGGAUACGACGGUCAAUCUCGACUGAGCAGCGUUGAAUGCUACGACUCGUUCUCGAACCGCUGGACAGAAGUGGCAUCCAUGAAGGAAGCCGUCAGCUCGCCAGCCGUCGCCAGCUGUGUCAAUAAGCUGUUUGUGAUUGGAGGAGGACCCGACGACAACACAUGCUCCGAUAAGGUCCAGUGUUAUGACCCUGAAUCUGAUUCCUGGUUGCUAAGGGCCAACAUUCCCAUCGCUAAGCGAUGCAUCACGGCUGUAUCUCUGAACAAUCUCAUCUAUGUUUCUGGAGGUCUGACCAAAUCCAUCUACUGUUACGACCCCACUGAAGAUUACUGGAUGCACGUGGUGCACACGUUCAGCAAACAGGAAAGUUGCGGUAUGUCGGUAUGUAACGGUAAAAUCUAUAUCCUGGGUGGGCGUGGUGAAACCGGAGAGGCGUCAGACACCAUCCUGUGUUACGACCCGUCCACCGGCAUCAUCACAGGUGUUGCCGCCAUGCCCCGGCCCAUUUCUUACCACGGCUGCGUCACUAUCCACCGCUACAAUGAGAAGUUCUACCAUUCAUGACACUACAGAAACAAACACACUAUAGGGACAUAAACAAGCUGAGCUCUAUAGAUAAGGUAGCGUAAUGAUAGAUAAGUUAAGCUAAAUUUCAAAUUCUCUCAGUUCACAAGCUUUAAGUCAGUAGACCCAUCAGUUAAAUCACAAUAACCUAUUUUAUAGUCCAGUUUAAGCAUUCACAUUUGGAUAUUAAAGACUCAAUGGUCGGUUAAAGUAAACGUUUUACAUUCUGUCACCAUGACCGAGAUAAGAGACCGGUUUAACAGUAUCAGAUUUGAAUACACUCAAAAUAUGAUCCAAAUGCCUCCAAACGGAUUGAACGCAGACUGAUGUCUGGAGGGAAAACGGCGUUUGGCUUUGGGUCGAUUCUGAUCUAUAGAUUCUGUGGUCUGGUUCACCUCUGCUCUCCUUGACCGUUGCCUCCAUUUGUGAUUUCUUUUUUCGUUACAGUACUAUUGCAUUUUUAUUUUGUAUUUUAAUAACUUUGUGUGGUGUCUGGGGUUGUUUUUGAGUGGGUGAAUGGUGUGUUUUUGUGGCAAGUGGUUGUGAUGUUGGACCCUUGUGUAUAUAAAAAAUGUGUGUGAGAACAUUCAGCACAGUGUGUGUGAGAGAGUUCGAGGAUGAUGAUGUGACAGAAUUUGAUCUUUUUGCAGGAACCACUUCUAUGGUGUUGUGCCCACUAAGAAUCUAAUCUAUAAUGUUUCUAAAAAUGUUGUGUUACGUAUGCAUGCACGUAUCUGGGUGAUAUAAUUUUUUUUAUACAUUGUGGUUAUGAAAUUUAUCUUACUUAAUAUUUCUUUUAAGUAAUCUUCAUGGAUGUUUCUUUAGAUUUCAUGAGAGUCCUGCAUUGAUUAAAUAUUGCAUGUUUGUAAGCGAAUCAUUUGUGUGAAUCACUUUUUUAAGUUAUUUAUUCUUGGUAAAAGUCGGAAAGCCCCAACCGUGCACUUAAGGUGUCUUGUCUUUAUAUAUAUAUAUAUAUAUAAAUAUCUGUGUCCAGGAUGUAAAUAUACGUUAAAGCCGUCUUCAGGUUUACUGUAUCAGUAAGUUUUGCAAUGGUGAUGCAUCUGGCCAAACGGCCAGUUCACACUCUCGCCUUCCUCGAGACAACCUUGCAUUUUCUCUGGCUUACAAUGACUUCAGCUAAGAUAUGUGUGCGUGGAGCAGGGUACAGAACAUGACGUUACAGCAAAAGAUUGUGUGGGUCAUGUACGCAUGGGUUUCCAAAACCAGUGACGUAAUAUUGCCUGCAUUUAUUUGGCAGAAUUUGUCAGCUGCAGAACACAACCGGGCACACUGUUUUCUUCACAUACUCCGACAUUUAUUACAGAGUGAAAGAUACAGCAUACACAGACGCUACAACACAACUUUUAUUCUAAUGCCUUUUAUUGUGUGUGUGUGUGUGUGUGUGUGACUGUACUUUCUCUUUGUGUAAUGAAAUGUUUGGAGUAGUUUCCAAGUGUCUUUUGGUGAGUUUAAGGUUUUCCUAUUGUUGUGUCUGAUCAAUCUUAUAAGAGAAUUUUCAGUCGCUAAAAGCCAUAGAAUGAGUGCUUUUUAUUUGUAAACCUGUCCUUGUAGGGUAUUAAAUUAUGUGUGCAUGCCCAAAAAAAACGAUUUAACUCGUACGUCAAACAAUGCCUAUUGUUAAGGAUGUGCUUAAGCGCUAAUAGUGGUGACAGUUUUGGUGGCAGAGGGAAGUGCUAAAUAUUACUCAAGUGCAUUUUAAGAAAAUACGUUUUUGUGCCUUGUGGCAGAAUAAUAGACUCUUGACAACUAGCCAAAGAUGUUUGAUUGGUUCUGUCUGUUAAUUCUUGCACAAUGUUGUGUUUAUAUUGUGUCCUCGUUUUUUAUGUAUCAAACUUCUGAGUAAUAGCCUAAUGCAAUGUACGUGCCCAUUUUCCUCAAUAAAGCAUAUUUUUUAGAAUGGAUU